CUCACAAAGAUGACACGUACCUACAAACAUCCAUUCGGUGCGUUUCUCUUCGUCAUCGCCGUCAUUGAAGUUGCAGCUUCAAUACCGGAAACGUCACCUAAUACUGGCGAUUUCCUUCGCGAUCUGACAUCAGCCGGGGAGAAUGGAGACCCAGCUCUCUUGGACAGUGUCUCUUACGAAGAUUUCCCAGAGGAAGCAGGGAUGGGAGAUGAGGCGGAUCCUGCAGGAAAUUCACGAUGGUCUGAGGACGUCGACAGACUGAUUUCACUGCUUCGAGCGAGCGCCACGGCUCUGGAGCGAGCACGCGACAACUGGAGGUCACGCCUGCGACAGCACGAGGAGCAAAGGGUUCGACCCAAGAAAUAUCGGCCUACCAACAUCUUCGUCCACAUCGGACGUAGAGGGACGACAUCUGGUGUCAGUAGGCUGCUGGACGAGGCUGCUCAUGCACAAAGCAGCAGAGAUGCCGGUGGGGACGACGCCCUGGAAAACCUUACAUACUGCUUCACGCCUACACAAUUAACUGAGCUCAUAAGAACAGCGCGAUGGGGUCCUCGCAGACGUUCAGGGAAAGACAGAGGCGUAGUCCCUAAUGAACCGGCAGGUGAAGGCGCUCCUAUCAUGGCACUCUAGGACUCGUGUGGUCACUACAUGGUCACGUGAUUGAGACCCUAGAAACUUUCCAAUCAGAAAGCUUUUUGCAAGCGUUAGGAGGACUUUGACCUGGAGUGCAUGUCUUUUGGCUUUGUUUCUUUCCUUUCCCUUUUUUUGUGCUCUGUUUUUUUUUUCAUUCAGCUUAUGCAUAUUUCGUACUGUGUGUCCAUACCUGGUGUGUAAAAAGUUUUGAUUUUUAUGAAUUCAGAAAAUGAUAGUUCUUAAGCUAAAAUAAAAGAAAACUUGAGCUAGAGAAAAGUGAGUGUCUCUCAUUGUUUCUAGACCAUCUUUGCAGUCAUCAUAGUUCUGCCACCAGAGUACUGUUUAGACAUGACACUGUCUUCGAGCUAGAUUGUGUAUCUAAAUGUCAUCACAAGUAGUUCUGUCUGUUUUUAAUUCUAGUGUUUGUUUACAAAGGUAUAAAGAUUCUUCAAAGGAU